AUCAGACAUCAGUUGAUCCGCAGCGCGCUCGACUAUACAUUUUACGUACGCGAGUCUAAUAUUAUUAUCGCUGGUUUCGUUUUUAUAUAUGCACACAAAUUAUAAUCCGAAUUUUAACGCUCGUGUGUCGAUUAAGUGGUCUUGUCAUCUGUGUCGUACUGUUGUUUGCUUGUCGUAAAUACUCACGUAGGUUACAACGCACGAGAGAGAAUACAAACUGAAUCGCCAAAAUUUUAUAGGUUGGCAAUUCGAACAGCGGACGCGCACGCGACGAGGGCGGAACUGCGCGUCCACCCUAAUAAUUGGUCGGGAAAAUCCAUCGGUUCCAUGGCAACGUAAUUUUCCCAGUGACUUUUACCAUGCAUACACACACGCACACGCCCUUUUUCUCGAAUCAACGUCGAAACUUGAAAGCUAUGACGACGUACUUUUUGCGCCAACUCGCCUCGACGACGACGCCUCCCCCUCAGCAACGACGCGCACUAUAUAACUCGAGUUGUAUUUUGAUCCUACUGCCACAGUGUUUACCAAGCGAAGAAUUCACGGCGGCCCGCGUGACACUCGCGGUCAACGGUUCGCGAUACAAUAACCCGUGAUCGGGCAUGAAGUCAUGUUCCAAUGUUCGUCGACGAGCACAAUCGGCACCAACGCAGGUGUCGUCUCCAGUGACACUCAAAACGGUUACCGCGGUCAUUACCAUCACGAUCGAAUAGUGUACGUGCCAUCGUCCAAGCCAAAUAUGUUCGGUCUUGCGCACCACCAGUACGGCGCACCACCGCCGCCGCCGCUGCCACCGCCGACUCCGUCCACGGUCGGCACCGCAGUACAAGGCGCCACCACGCACACGUGGCAGAACACGCCGGCCCGGGUGCAGAGCAGCAGUCACCAAGUCUCCGCCGCCGCCGGUUCGCCGGCCAACAACAACGGUGGCCACUCGAACGUCAUACCAGUGCAGUCGUCACCGUCGUCGGCCACCCCGCCAUUCUAUCAGAGUGCCGCCGCCGCCGCAGCGGCCGCGGCCAUCAUGUGGCCAAACCCCACGGCCGCCGCAUUCCAGGCUCAUCAAUACGAUGCCGGAAUGGAUUUGCAGUUCGGAGACGGCCGGGAGUGUGUCAACUGCGGUGCGAUCUCCACGCCGCUGUGGCGCCGCGAUGGCACCGGACACUAUCUGUGCAACGCAUGCGGCCUGUACCACAAAAUGAACGGCAUGAACAGACCGCUUGUCAAGCCGGCCAAGAGAUUAGUCGCCUUCGAGACCGCAUCCAACAGACGUCUCGGUCUGUCGUGUACGAAUUGCGGCACCCGAAUGACCACCUUGUGGAGGAGAAACAACGACGGCGAGCCCGUGUGCAACGCGUGCGGUCUGUACUACAAACUGCAUGGCGUCAACAGGCCGCUGACGAUGAGGAAGGACGGUAUCCAGACAAGGAAGAGGAAACCUAAGAAGCAGCCUUCGUCGUCGUCCUCUUCCUCUAACGGUUCGUCAAAUGUAGAGAACCAUAGACAAUCCACUUCCGCGGCCAUAGAUCUAUUAGUGAACAAACAUCACGCAACGGUGGAAAUCAAACACGAACACAAUUACGAUCCAGCGGCGGCUGCGGCUGCCGCUGCGGUGGCGGCGGAACACUUCCUCUUUCCCGGCACGGCGGGCGGCCAUCAUCAUCCCCAGCUGGGCGGGUUCAGUUUUCCGCUCCCUCAGGCUCCGGUGCCGGCACACAACUACCAACACCUGUUGAAUGGACACGUCAACAACAAGCUGAUGGCGUCCUAGAAUCCGACUUGUAUAUAGAUUGAAGUCUGAAACAGCCGCUGUUAUUGGAUUUUGUACAUAAUUAUAUAGUAUAUAUCGUAUAUAUCAUAAUAUUAUCAUAUAAAAUAUAUUAUGUAUUAUAAUAAUAUAUAAUAUAGUUAACAAAGUUCGAUUUCUUGCGAUUUCUCAACUUAUUAAAAUCCACAAUAAUACUAACAAAAUUAAUAUAUUAUAAUAUACGUAGGCAGUUGUAUAUGUUUGUAAAAGCAUAUAACGAUAAUGUCAAUUUAUCGUAAACGCGCGCAUUUUUGGAACACGCAAUUCAAUAUUGUAUCACGCUAUCUUCCUAAAACUUUAUUUAAAACUAUAGUUAUUGCUUAUAACGUCGUGUAUUUCUAUUGUGUUUAAAUUUUAGCGCCAUCACAACCGGACGUUAUAGUUUUGAGAAAACGCCCAUUUAAAAUUUAAAGGUAUUUACGAAGAAAGAACUUUUUAAUGACUAACUGUUUUUUAAUUUGUCUAGUCUUUUAUAUGUAUAUUUUAUAUAUAUGUAUAUAAUAUAUGUUGUAAGCAUUAAAAUUCACCGAUUUACUGA